CCCCUGUUCCAGCAGCAACACUCCAGCCGAGCAGCAGAACUACUAGCAUGGCUCUCAGUGCGGCUGGAGUUCAGGCGUCCUCUCCGUGUUUCUCUCUCGUUUGGUUUUGGCUUUAGUAUCUGACAGAGGGUUGCUUAUUCCUCCUCCAGUGCGCCUCUAAAUCAAACCUCUGCCGGCAGGACGGCGGCGUUUGUCCCUCUGCUAAGUUGAGUGAAAUAUUCGGGGCUCGGCUGCUAACUUAACGUUAGCAAGAAGGCAGAAACUGGGAAAAUCGGAGCAAACCGAGGAGGAGUCCUGCUCUGGAAGAGCUGAUGCAAACGCCAUGGCAAUAGCCGAGGCAUGGCAGUGACGUGACGGUCCCUGAUCCGCUUCUGAACAAAGUUCUUCUGAGGUGGAGGCGCAACGCACAGAGUAUGGAUGAGUCCAUUUUGCUGGAUUUGCUUGAGUGCCCCGUAUGUCUGGAGCGCCUGGACGCCUCUGCGAAGGUCCUUCCGUGUCAGCACACCUUCUGCCGUCGAUGUCUCCAGGGCAUCCUGGGCUCGCGCGGGGAGCUGCGCUGCCCGGAGUGUCGGACGUUGGUGGAGUGCGGUGUGGACGAGCUCCCGAGCAACAUUCUCCUUGUGCGUCUGUUGGACGGCAUCAAGCAGAGGCCUCGAAUGUCUGCUUCUGUUGGAGGAGUCUGCACGAAUGGCACGUCUGGAGCCGUGGCCCGAGCACAUGGAAGCGGGAUGAGGGACCAGGGCAAUCCGGGAGUACAGCCCCAGCGCACUCAGGCAAAAAGCACUGCUGUCCGAGGUGUGCCACAGCUUCCUUGUGCCAAGGCACUGUACAACUAUGAAGGCAAGGAACCAGGAGACCUCAAAUUCAGCAAGGGGGACAUCAUCAUCCUCCGGCGACAGGUGGAUGAGAACUGGUACCAUGGGGAGAUGGGUGGAGUUCAUGGCUUUUUCCCCACUAACUUCGUCCAGGUCAUCAAGCCUCUGCCGCAGCCACCGCCUCAGUGCAAAGCUCUCUACGACUUUGAACUCAAAGACAAAGAGGCCGACAAGGACUGUCUGCCUUUCUCUAAGGAUGAUAUCUUGACCGUGAUCCGCAGAGUUGAUGAAAACUGGGCCGAAGGAAUGCUGGGAGAUAAAAUUGGAAUUUUCCCCAUCUCAUAUGUGGAGUUCAACUCCGCAGCGCGUCAGCUUAUAGAGUUGGACAAGCCAUCUGAUUCCAGUGGAGAUUCCAUUGAAGGGGCCUCACUGGGACCCCAGAGCAAUGGUCCCCAGCGGCCGGGAGAGAAGAAGAACACUAAGAAACGGCAUUCCUUCACUUCUCUUACCAUGUCCCACAAACCCAUGCUUGCUCCUCCCCCCCAGCGCCACUCCAUGGAGAUUAGCGGACCGGUACUCAUCAGUUCCAGCAACCCCACUGCAGCUGCUCGCAUUGGAGAAAUCAGUGGGGGGCUUUCCUGCAGCGCACCUUCACAGGUACAUAUUUGCACAACGGGACUAAUUGUGACCCCACCCCCUAGCAGUCCGGUUACUACAGCAACAGUCUUCACAUUUCCUUCAGAGACAAGCUACACAUCCAUCGCUUUGGAUGCUCUGCCACCACCCCCACCUCCUCCUCCUCAGUCCCCAGUUAGCGGAGCAGCAUAUUCCCUCGCUGCUGGACAGAGACCCUCCCCCAGUAUAAGCGACCAAAGUGGGAGACAAAGACCUACAGUCUAUGUGGCCAUGUUCCCAUAUACUCCCCGUAAGGAGGAUGAGCUGGAGCUGAGGAAAGGAGAGAUGUUUCUGGUGCUGGAACGCUGUCAGGAUGGCUGGUUUAAAGGCACCUCAAUGCACACUGGAAAUAUCGGAGUUUUCCCUGGAAAUUACAUGAGCCCAGUCAGCAGAACGGCAUCUGGGAGCAACCAACCCAAAGUACCCAUGAGUCUGUGCACUCAGGCUGGCAGAGGAGUCACCAUCGUCAGUCCUUCCUCUGCCCCCCUUGGGGCUGUUGUUCCGGGGCCUGAUUUCAACAAACCCCUCCCUGUGUGCUCCACAGCUGUGUCUGGCUGCUCCCAACCUGCAGCCGUAACAUCACCUCAGACAGCCACAGGCCAGCAGCCAAAAGUUCCCCUGCAUGUCAGCUCGCAGAUGACUGUAAAUCAGGCUCGCAACGCUGUCAGAACAGCUGCUUGUCACAGUCAGGACAGACCCACAGCAGCAGUGACACCCAUCCAGUCUGUGACUUAUUUCCCACACUCUGCCAUUUGCUCCCAGUCCUCAACCAAUCCCGCUCAAGGCUGCAGCCGAGUAGGAGUGGCCAUGGGCUGCGCCGCCGCUUCUCUGACCCCGCCCAACGUAAGCGCCGCGUCUCUGGACGGUGACGCUUUGAGGCCUGUUCCUGUUGGGAACAACACUGCUCUCAAUUCCUCAUCUAACACAGCUCUUACCUGCAGACUGGACAAGGAUGUCAAGAGAGAAAAGAAAAGUCUCCUAAAGCUGUUGUCCUCCAACAAGAAGAAGUCUCGUCCUUCACCCCCCUCCUCUCCUACCCUUGAAGCAGAGCAGGCUGCAGCUGGAGAGGUGCUGCACGGCGCUGUGGGUCCCGACACCUCCCCUCCCUCCAGCUCAGGCAGCUGCCUCGACCCUGAACCUGUUGGUAUUGCUUCUGCUUUGUCAUCCUCCUCCUCCUCAAUCCCAGAGUCCUCCCAUCGGAGGAGCGGUCCUCUCGACGGCUGCGCUCCCAUUGCUCCUCCUCCACGGCAGCCCUGCUCCUCUCUUUUAUCACAGCAACAUGAUGCACGUCCCAUCAUAUGUGAGAGGUACAGGGUGGUGGUAUCCUAUCCCCCACAGAGCGAGGCCGAGCUGGAACUGAAGGAGGGAGACAUUGUAUUUGUUCACAGGAAGAGGGAGGACGGCUGGUUCAAAGGCACACUGCAGAGGAACGGCAGGACCGGCCUGUUCCCUGGCAGCUUUGUAGACAUCAUCUAAUAGAUACGCUCAUCAUCAUCGGUAUAGUCCAGCGUGAGUGCUGCUCACAGGCUGCUGAGACAGAACCAUCAUAGCAACACUUGAAGUUAGAAUCACACAGAGCUGAGGAGAAAAAUAUAUUUUGUUAAUAAAAGCACAGUGGACAGAGUUGGACAUGAGCAGACUACCCAUAAACCUUUCUGUUUUUUCUUGGUUAUUUAUAUAUUUGUAACUACUCAGCUGUUAAAUGUGUGCCUUGUACUGUUCCUCACUUUAUUGUACAUAAGGACACAGCUAUAAUCGGUCCUGGAACAACCCAUAUGAACUAUUCAACUGGUUGUUGUUUUUUCACAUUUUAACUUAUUUCAUGUUGACUUUUUUAGAGCUACACGUUAAGAGAUUAAAGGGAUAGUUCUGGAUUUUUUAAAAGUUAAAAGUAGUUAACAUCUUAACAUGAGUCGGUGUCCUCAGUCAGGACUAAUCCAGAUUAGUCGGUCCUGGAGGCUGAAGCUAACUGCUAGUCCGAGGAGGUCCAGUACCAAGGUAGAUCUGAAACUACUCCAAUCUUAAAUCAACAAAGUAGCUUUUAUGAAGGCCUUUUUUUUUUAUAAGGACCAUUAAGUUGUUGUCAAAUUUGAAUUGGCUGAUUUUUCACACAAAAGGUGAUGACUAAUGGAGGUAGAAGGUGGGGCUCUAGCAGUGAUGUUCCUGUGGGAAUCACGCACUGAGAGACAACAAGUGAAGUAUUUCUGCUCUUAUAUAAAAACAAAGCAGUGUAAAAAAAAAACAAUAAUAGUAAAGUCCUGAAAGUGAUGCUAUUUUGUUGAUUUUAUUUGCUUUACAUGGUCUCAGAUCAUUAGUGGCGCAUGUCCGGGUACCCCAGUUUCCUGUGUAAAUAACCAACCUAUGCAAAAAAAAAAUGUUUGCAUAAACUGUUAACAUGCUUUUUAAAUUGGAGUUAUUUAAGACACUAGAAUCCCACUUUGGUCUUGGCUGCUAUUGGACUAGCCACUGGCUUCAACCUUCAGGACCAAUUAAUAUGGAUUUAUACUAAACAAAGAUGCCAACAGAAUUAUCUGUUAACUGCCUAAAACCUUGUUAUUCAGAGUUUCUUCCAAUCUGGAAAAAGUGGACAUUUGUGCAAAUGGUUUCUUUCAUGUUCCAGUUCUGACAAAUAUGGAUCAAAGGCAAUUAAGUAUGGAGAAAUCUUUGAGUUUGCAUACGUUAGUAUUUAGCCCUGACUUACCACAUCAUAGCUUGACUUGAACAUUUCAGUCCUCAGUGUUUUUGUUUUGACGUCUGAAAUCUGAAAUUUUUAACCUCUAGUCCAAUUUAAACCAAUAUUUUAAACUGGACUUGUGGUUCUAUGGCUGAGUCUACCAAAGCUCACAAAUUGUGAUUUAGGGAACCAGCCUCGAUUUGAUCAAAUGUAAGCUUUAGAUUUUGAAAUGGAGCUGAUCUUAGUUCAGAUAGCAAAAAAUGAAAAUAAAAAUGUCCUUUAACACCAUGCUGGAUUAGAAGGGUCAGGGUUAUGUUUUUUUUAGGGUUUUUGAAGCAUAUAGAUAAUAAAACCAGCCCACUAUGCAGAUAUUCUCAAGUUAAAUGUUCUGUUCUGAAUAUCUCAAAAAUCCAGAAAUGUGUGUCUAGACAAUUUUGGACUUUUAAACUGAGAAAUGUGCAGGAACGACUUCACUUGAAAAAUCCUGAUCUAUCCCUUUAAGCCGUACACAUGCCUUAUGUCAUAUUUGACCCCAUUAGUUGAGCUUCUUCCGUUAGACUGCCGAUAAAGGUCUUAUCAAUGUUCCAAGCUAUCAGUGGGGAGGAGGAGAACCUACGAUGGAACUGACCGGAGCAAAUGACGGAGAGCUGCACAGUGGGAGAAAGGACGCUUCCCCUGUUCUCAAAGGCAUUACCGUAACAAGACGAGUAGAAGUGAGAUCUGCUGUAUUGCACGUGAAUCCUCAUAGCUCAAAUUUGUAAAUGCUGCACAUGACUGAAUUUUUCUGUGCCACUGGGCAGAUUUAUGUUUUUUUUUUUUUUGUCUUUUCCUGAGGUGUGGUGGAGGUUGCUGUUUGAGGCUUUGCCUUCAAAUAUCAAAUAUUUGCAUGUCAUAAGUAAAGCCAUCUGCUGGAGACAGAUUGGUGACAGAUGAGAGGCGAAACUGUUAAACUUCGUAACGUCUCAACUAUACACUCCGGAUGGACUUUUAGCAGUCAAAAGUUGUUUGAUUUGUACCUUUUCUGUUAAUAUAUUUACUGACCAGAGUAGCUGCUCUCCUGACCCCCCUGGCUGUAGCUGAACCCAGACAGAGCUCUGCGACCCUAGAGCGACAUUACAUAUUAGCAACAAAGCAGAUUGUGUUUUAGGAUAUUUAUCUCUAUAAGACAUUUCACAGAGGCUGACGCCUGCUGCUCGUAGUUUUAUGACUGACCUGACACAGUAAACCUGCGGUGGGAUCUGUUUUUAAACACUAGUAACUCAUUCCUAAUGUGACUUGUGGCAAUAAAAAACACACUGCUGACCGAAGCACAGACUGUUUGCCUAAAGUAGCACGUUGUAUCACUCCACAGGAAGAGGCGUUUCGUGUGAUUCUGUAGAAUCUGAUUUUUAUUGAAAUCAUUCACUUUGAGCCCUUUAUUUAAUUACUUUCUUUUCUUAUUAAUGUUAUACAGACUUGAAUUACUUAAAUAUUGUGAUUUGAGGGGUUUGUGUCAUGUUUUUGGCUUGUUUCAUUGAAUGAAAUGAAUUAGCUGGGUUAGACUGACUACUUUGCUACAGCAUGAGGAAACACAUAAUCUCCCAUUUCCUUCAGUAUUUCUCUAAAAUCACUUUCAAAUGCAUGCAGUCCUUCCUGUUAAUGCCUUAUGUAUCAUGUAGACUGACCGGCACAGUUAAUGUAAUUGACCUUUUCAUGUUAUCUUUAGCUAAGGUCGGAUUAGAUUGAAACAUUGACUUGUGCCAAAUUUGGCCUUUUAUAUCUGGUACCCAGUUUCAAGCACGUUUCAGAUGUUUGUUUUUGGGUUUUUUUGUCUUAUUUUGCCUUUGGUUGUUUAAUGAGGGGGACCACUGUGUGACUGACUGCUGGAAUAUGUUGUGAUUUGUUUGAAAUGUGGAGAACGUUGGUACGCGUCACUGUUGGGGCCUUUUUUUCUGUCCUUUUUAAAUAGAUUGAAUCUGAUAUCUUGGCAAUCUCAGACCAUUUGCUAAACCCCCUCCUCUCAAGCGUCCUCGUUUCACUAGUUAGCCUUUAAUCUUACCCAAAAAGCACAAAUGCACAAACUGGUACUGAAACAAACGCUUGCUAAUUUUACCAACAUUUAUUCAUGUUUUUUUUGCAUGCAUAUGCUGCACAGUUGCCAAACAUGAAAUGCUUUUUGAAAUAACUUCAAGUCACUUCAUUCAUUUCUGAGCAUCAGCGAAUAAAGUUUGCUUCAUCCAGUUUAACAUGUCUGUAUGCCAAGGUGACUUACUUGAUCCUUUUUAUGUCUCUUAAUUGGUCUGUUUUAUGCCUAAAACUAGUAAAACUGAAAUCUAAUUAUUUGGCACAUCAUGUCUGUUAUGUGAAAAAAUAUUCUGAAGCAUUUGAGGGAAUUGCAUAUUUUAUAAAACAAAAUUCUAUAACAAUAAAAGCAAACUGUUUCUGUA